GGAGAGAAGAUGUUUACUGUGGUGACCCGCCAGCCAUGUGAACAGGCAGGCUUCAGGGCCCUCUCAAGGACUCCAGCCAUCGUCACCUUGGUGGUCCUGCUUGUGAGCAUUGUGGUACUUGUGACACUCACACUCAUCCAGAUCCACCACCCACAGGUUCUCCCUCCAGGGCUGAAGUACGGAAUUGUGCUGGAUGCCGGCUCUUCCAGAACCACUGUCUACGUGUAUCAGUGGCCAGCAGAGAAGGAGAAUAACACAGGAGUCGUCAGCCAAACCUUCAGAUGCAGCGUGAAAGGCUCUGGAAUCUCCAGCUAUGAGAGUAACCCCCAAGAUGCCCCCAAAGCCUUUGAGGAUUGCAUGCUAAGGGUCAAGGAACAGGUCCCAGAGCACCUCCACGGAUCCACCCGCAUUUACCUGGGAGCCACAGCUGGGAUGCGCUUGCUGAGGUUGCAGAAUGAGACAGCGGCUCGUGAAGUCCUUGAAAGCAUCCAAAGCUACUUCAAGUCCCAGCCUUUUGACUUUAGGGGUGCUCAAAUCAUUUCUGGGCAAGAGGAAGGGGUGUAUGGAUGGAUUACAGCCAACUAUAUAAUGGGAAAUUUCCUGGAGAAGAACCUGUGGCACAUGUGGGUGCACCCUCACGGAGUAGACACCACAGGAGCCCUGGAUUUAGGCGGCGCCUCCACCCAGAUAUCCUUUGUGUCAGAAGAGAAGAUGGAGCCGAACGCCAGUGACACGGUGCAGGUGUCCUUGUACGGUUACACAUACACUCUCUACACACACAGCUUCCAGUGCUACGGCCGGAACGAAGCAGAGAAGAAGUUUCUAGCCAUGCUUCUGCAGAGCCCUUCCACAGAAGCCAACAUCAGUAACCCCUGCUACCCUCAAGGUUAUAGUGCCACCUUCACCUUGGGCCACGUGUUUGGCAGCCUGUGCACAGAGAAGCAGAGGCCGGAGAUCUACAACCCCAGUGACAGCGUCACCUUCACGGGAACUGGUGACCCAUGGCUGUGUAGGGAGAAGGUGGCUUCUGUGUUUGACUUCAAUGCUUGCCAAAACCAAGAUGCCUGUUCCUUUGAUGGCAUUUACCAGCCCAAAGUUCAAGGGCCAUUUGUGGCGUUUGCAGGCUUCUAUUACACAGCCAGUGCGCUAAACCUCUCAGGAAGCUUCUCCCUUACGUCCUUCAAUGACAGCAGCUGGGACUUCUGCAGACACACUUGGAUAGAGCUCCCGUCCCGACUCCCCAGAUUUGAUGAGACAUACGCCCGGUCCUACUGCUUCUCAGCUCACUACAUCUACCACUUGCUCGUAAAUGGAUACAAGUUCACUGAAGAGACUUGGCCUCAGAUACGCUUUGAAAAAGAAGUGGGGAACAGCAGCAUCGCCUGGUCCCUAGGCUACAUGCUCAGCUUGACCAACCAGAUCCCAGCUGGAAGUCCCCUGAUCCAUCUACCCAUACAGCCACCAGUGUUUAUGGGAGUCCUGGCCUUCUUCACGGCUAUUGCCUUGCUGUGCCUGGCAUUUCUUUUGUAUCUGUGUUCAGCAUUCAGGACAAAGGAGCGCUCGGAGAAUGCCUUCGACCAAGCGGUGGAUUCUGACUGAGCCCCAAGCAGCGCCUGGAGCCCGAGGCUGCCAUAACCCAGCAGAGUGACACCAGGCAGUGUGAGUGAAGUGGCUGCCACCAGGACCUGUCCCCGUGCUUAAAUGCCAAGGUCAUGUGCCUCUCAGCCACUGGUUCCUGCCAGAGCACAUCCUGGGAGUCCCUCAACCACCCAGUGGGCUUGGGCGGUGCCUCUGCAACCCUCCCUACCCGCUUGCUGAUUCGUUGGGAAUCAAGGAAACACUAGCAGUUGGUGUCAGGGACUUCACUCCGUCUACUCCAGAGGAAGUUGAGAAUGUAAUUUAAUGUGGAAGAGUUGACCACAGGCUCGGCUUCCAUUUUCUCUCCCUCCCUCCAUACUCCUCCUAGCAAGCUGCCUAUGAAGGCUCUGACUCAGAUACUUCAUCCUGUGGUUUUUGACCUAUAGUUCUUUGGCGAGACCUUUCUGUCUUUUCGUGGAGUCCAGCCCCAUCUGAAGCCACUAAUACUUUCUUUUAGCAAUCUCAUAAGCAUUAAGCUCCCUGACUGGUAGCUUGUAGCAUUUAGUGGGGAAGAUGAUAGUUUGAGACAGUUUCAGGUACCCCACUCACUAUGACCAACCUUGAUAUGUGCUCUUUUCCUGAGGGCUAGGAUUACGGGUUGUGAGCUCCUGGGGGGUGGAACCCCAGGGCUUCAUGUAGGCUAGGCAACUAUUUGACCAACUGAGUCACAUGCCCAGCCUAAGAAGACUCAUAGUCCCAAGAACAGUUUGCCUCUGUCCUGUAGGUAAAACCCGAAGCACAAAGACACAUAGAGGUCCCUAAACGGUAGCUAUUUUCAUUUUGGAGUGCCCACUUGGAGCUCUGGUCAUGAGGUUGCUACUUGGCAUGUGUCAUUCUUGUGUAACUGUCUCCCUGCUGUGCCCGCUUGUAAAUCACACCCCCAGUGGCCUGCACUAGGGCGUGGCAAGGGGUAGGGGGAGAAGAAUCUCAUUGUCCCAACAAAGCUCCUGCUCAGGGUGCCUUUGGGCUAUAACCAUGGCCUGUGCUUUUUCCCAGCACUCCCACAGGUAUACAGGAUCCUGCCCAAAGACAUCCCUACAUUCCUCCCUGCAUAGCUGCUACACAUCUUGACUUUGGGGAAAGAGAAGGCAGUCUUGGGAAUAUUUGCCUCCAAAGUGGGAUGGGAAAGGUCUUCAAGUCCAAUAGCUACAAGCCAUACAUCAAUGCUGUGUCUCGUGGCUGUUUGUUGGCUCUAUAUGGAAUAAACUCUUAUUUUUAUUUUGCAA